AUGGUUUCAUGUCUGUUAGUCAUUAUUUUUCUCUUUUAUCUUACAGAAAUCACAAAUCCCUUGUUCUACUUCCUAUUUUCUUGUGCUUCGAUGUUCAACUACAAAUAUUCGGUUCCGGUUAUUGGAUUCAUUGGAUUCGUUCUCAACCUAUUUCUAUUCAUUCGAUUUUCCACCUCAAGCAAGAAGCCAUUCAGCAGUUUCCAUAGACUAUGUCUGUUUAAAACUAUUCCAAACCUUAUAAUCAGUGCUGUAUUUGCCUUCUGGACAUCCGCAAUUUCAAUUCUGGGAGCUACCUAUGCCCAUAUCCCAAGAAUCGAAAACAUCAUAAUAUCCCAAGCUGUCAGUGGAUUCCCAUAUUUCUUGGCUCCUCUUAUUCAAGUAUGUAUGUCUGUUAAUCGAUUCUUCGUUAUAUUUUUCCCAUUUUCAAAUUCACAACCUGGACGUCUUCCGUUUACAAAUUUAGCGCUUACUUUCUGUUUGCUACUGUCACAUAUUCCCCUUCUUUUAUCAGCUUUGACUGACUGCUACCUAGUUUAUGAUCCAGAACUAUGGAUAUUUCUACCGGAACGUUUAGAAGAAUGUGGACAUGCUAUGGAUCGACUGACAUUUCUAACUGUAGGAAUACUGUCAUUUCUAUCGAAUGGGUUUAAUUUGAUCAUUUUUGCAAAACUGUUAAAAGAUAAAAUGGUUGGAAUCAAUGAGGAACAAAAACUGAAAAGAAGAAAGAAAUGGCAAAAAAUGUAUAUUCAAAGUGUCCUUCAAGAUUUCAUUCAACUAAUUGACAUUGCCAAUUACAACUUCACUUCUAAACUGAUGGAUACAGAAUUGUGGAGUUUCAUCUUCUGCUCCUUAUCCUUUGCAAUGGUAUACGCUCUGGACGGAGCUGUGAUGGUCUACUUCAAUAUAGAUUGGAGUUUUUGUUGCAUCGAUCCCAAAAAAUCAAGUGUAUUUGUAUCAGGAGCACAAAAUCCAAGUUUCUCUGUGUACGUCAUCAAGACCGAACACAACAUUACAAUGAAGUCAGGGAAAACUACAGCAGUGAUUUUAAAUACCAAACUUGAACCCUUUGUGUACAUUGAUCAGCCAUUCAAAACGUCAUACGUCACUGGAAUCCAGCAAUCAAAAGAUGCAGUGGUUAAUUUUAAAUGGGGGAUUCCCGCUUACAAUUGGCAAAGUGUGGAUACCAAUAAUACGUUUUUCAAGAACCCCAUGGAUUUGAAGAAUGAUACUUAUACAGGUCUUAUGUUUUUGAUGUUGAUUAAUAACGAAAAUUUAAGUUUUCAACCAAAACUCAAAUUUUCCAGAUUCUUCGAUCACAUCGAGCCCCUCCAAAUCGGUUUCGAAUACUGGUACAUCAUGGCCAAUGGCUCAAUCACUAUGCAAAUUGAGAAUAAAUUUAUCACCGAUCAAAACUACUCGACCACCGCUGCUACUACAACAGGACUCAUCGUCAAUGAACUCUUGUUCUAUCCACAUAUUGUGACUUUCCAACCAGAUUACACUCGUUCGGGAUUUGCUGGAUUGUUGGUAUCUGCCUUCCCCGAAAAUGAACUCUGGUUCACCAUGAGCUAUGACUCCUCCUACACUACUAUUGACUUUAACGGAACCAGUUCGAUUGAAGACAGAUCCUGGGCUCCUGAACAAGCUAGAAUGCUAACGAUUAACAGUACCAAUCAAGUUGCUGGAGUUUUUUACUGUCAGUAUUUUUCUUAUGCUGGGGAUUUGUUGCCCAUGACUAGUACGAGCUCGCCGACCACCAGUAUGAGGGGUUCAACCGGUAUGACUACAAAUACUACUAUUGUUUCAACCACAACUGUUGGUACUACCACCAGUGGAGCGUGUUUCAUGAGUUUAUGGGUUUUAUUUGUAUCUGUUGUGUAUAUUAUCUUUUGA